GGUGACCUAGGCAACCGCCCCAGCCUAACCGCCCAGCGGCUCCAUUGGCCGCUACCCGCGCUUCUGGGCUCCGGCGUCGGAAAGCAAAGGUCUCCGAAGGGUCUUUCCUCUCCGCUGUCGUGGUGUGCGAAGUGGACUCCAGCGCUCGCCAUGUCUUCUCACAAGACUUUCCGGAUCAAGCGAUUCCUGGCCAAGAAACAAAAGCAGAACCGGCCCAUUCCCCAGUGGAUUUGGAUGAAGACGGGCAACAAAAUCCGGUACAACUCCAAGAGAAGACAUUGGAGGAGAACCAAGCUGGGUCUCUGAGGAAUUGCACGUGUGACGGCACCAAGGUCACUGUCGUCUUACCACAUCAAGCUGAAGAAAGUACCACCACUCUCUGGACAGCUGGACACGUUUUACUGGGAAAAAGGUUUUUUCCCUUUUGUUUCUAGAGUCUGUAGAAGAAUGUUAGUUUUGUAAUAAAUAUGUGAAACUUUUGUUUUGACUGCAAAAUAAAA